AUGCAGAUUUUUGUCAAGACCCUUACGGGUAAGACUAUCACCCUUGAGGUGGAGUCUUCCGAUUCCAUUGAGAACGUCAAGUCUAAGAUUCAGGACAAGGAGGGUAUCCCCCCUGACCAACAGAGACUGAUCUUCGCUGGUAAGCAGCUUGAGGACGGCCGCACUCUUUCUGACUACAACAUCCAGAAGGAGUCCACCCUCCACCUCGUCCUUCGUCUUCGUGGUGGUGGUAAGAAGAGAAAGAAGAAAGUCUACACCACUCCCAAGAAGAUCAAGCACAAGAGAAAGAAAGUCAAACUCGCUGUUCUCUCUUACUACAAGGUCGCUGAUGACGGUUCCGUCACCCGUCUUCGCCGUGAAUGCUCUAACUGUGGCUCCGGUGUCUUCAUGGCCAACAUGAAGAAGAACGCCCACAACGUCGAGCGUCAGUACUGCGGCCGCUGCGGUCUUACCUACGUUGUUGACAAUUAA